AGGCAGUUGAUGGAGAAUUAUCGGGCGCUCGUAGAUGAGCUAGCGCAGGAAGAUUUGGACUUGCUGGCACAUGCCAGAUCGUGCUCGGUCAGUUCUAUUGCUACACCACCAAAUCAGACCCAGUAUAACACGACGAAUGACAACGCCAGACAGUUCGCGGAGAAUGUGAGGCACAAUAACGAAACGACAGUCGCCACGACGAGGCAAUACGAUGGCCAGAGACAGAGUUACAAUCCGGAACAACGGCAGAGUUACAACAAUGACGGCAGGCUGAGUAGAGCGAGCAGCUCCAGCUCCAGCGGAUGUUUAUCUGAUGGGGCACCGAGUAGUUGUGAGGUGGCUUUUGAAUGCGGUGAGUUUCCAACUGGCACGAUAAAACGGAAACCAUCUAUGAAUCCGAAGUUACCUCUCACAUCGAUUACGAGGCAAUUGAAGGAAGUCGGCGAAACCGUUCGAGACGAACCGGACUCUUGUCCGAGUCCAACGAGCUCGGGAUCUAGUACGCUAACUAGAAGGCACAGUCGUCGACGAAGUGGUACUGACUCCGACGGGUCCGGAACAUUGAAGAGACAUCAUAGAUCCGGAAACGCGACACCCGUCAGCCCGGUACCACCCGGCACGCCGGUGAGGGAGAGGGCGAGUCCUAUGGGAUACAGCAGAUCGGAGAGUCAAGAUUCGAAGACGCCGACGAGUCCGAUACAAGCGUGCAUGAUGGAUUCGAUUACUUCGCUGCCACCGCCACCAUCGCCGUCGAGAGUCGUCGAGGAAGUCGAAUCCGACAGCGAACCGCUUCCGCCGCCACCUCCCGAGAUGUUCCGAUCGAAUCUUUCGUUGGACUCUCUGCCACCGCCGCCGGCACCCGGCGAACUUCCGGUUUGCAACACGCCGGAGCUCACGGGCUCCUCGUUGAGUCUGGCGUCUCUGCCACCACCGCCCAGCCCGCUCGUCGGUGAAACCGGAACGAUACGUCGCGCUAGACCCAAGCAGUCCACCCCUACGAACUCUGUGACUCCCGAGAGCACGCCCACGCAUAAUCCCAAUCCUAGGUCACAAGCCAAUCAAAUAUAUACAAAUAAUAUCGCGCUGAACAGUAACUCGGUCCAAAAUUACAAUUCGAACGCGUCCCCGAACGCUCAUAACGUGAACAACACCGCCAAUUCAGUACCCUCCCCGCACAGUUCCUAUCCAGGAUCGACGGCAAGCACGCCGACCUACGCCCCGAACUCGCCUAAUUUCACAUCGCCACCACCCUUCGUGCCGCCACCGGCUUAUGGCACUCAGCCGCCAAUUACCAAUUCCCAGAGUCUCGGCCGGCAAAAUUCUAAGGUCGAAUCGAUAUAUCAGUCCGGUCAUCAUAACACGAUCCAGCCGAUCAGGCCGAAUCCCAACAUGGACACCGUCCGACGUAGCGCUAUGAAGCAAGGAACUGGCCAUUACGCAGCGCCGCCUUAUCUGGCCGAGUUAAAGGCCGCCUCCAGUCCGCAGCCGCAACGACGAGUGACCAUCCAGGAACCGCCGACGUCGCCCAAGUCAAAAACCGGAACUGGCAAGAAGAUCUCAUUCAAUCUGCCGCCCCAGCAGGAACCCGGCAGUCCC